CUAACAUUGCUUUUUAUUUUCUGGGUUGCGGAUCCAUCGCUGUUUUAGGCCCAGAUAACGAGUCGAACCUGGGGCGGCUACGACGGCUCUCGCCCAUCCGAGACUCGAAUCAGGCACCAAGGUCUCCCGUGGCGCAUGUUUCUCUCCAAUGGGAUAUCAUCAAUGGGUACUAAUACACUGCACCUCUGACGCAAGAUGUUGGGUCCCUCCACCAUCCGUCCGUUCCCGUCCGCCAGUUCGCCGAGGGGAUCGGCAUCUCUUAAGCGCCUGGACUCACCAUCUGCGAUCUCAGAGCUGAGGCUCACCGGGUGCCUUGGGAUUUUCUCUUAAACCACGUUGUGCAACAUGAUCAAUGGCUUUUCCACCUUGUCAACUCGUCUCAUGGCUCUUUCUCGCCGUCAUAUAUGGCUGUGGUGCCUGUUCUUAACCCUAGUAUUCUUUUUAGUGACUUGGACUCUCCCAUUUGAACCGCCGGGGCUUACUCUCCAUAUUUCUGCCUGGUCCUCCGAUUCGGUUUUAAGACCAGAAGAUAAUGCUGGAAAUUCCCGCCAGUUCAUGCCGUCUGACGACAGUGCACCUGGAGCACAUGAACCGAUAGGGCUGGGGACACUGCGUGAUGUGAGGGAAGAGAGCUUCUAUCUUGGAGGAACGUCGACGAUAAAAACUGUGGAUGGGUCUCCUCCAAAGGCCGCGGUGUACGACCCAUAUCCAGAUUACAAUGCGGGAGAACGGCACAGGCAGGGGAAAGGAACCUUCCAAGCUUGUGAAGGCCCAAGAAAAAAUAUCUUGAGCCGACGGAGUCGUGAUGAUAUGGUCAUAGCUUACAAUGGGGUCCAAGAAGGUUUUCCCUUUCCAAAGUAUGGCUCAUACGAGGCCCUUGGGUUAGAUGCAUACUCGUGUACCACACGCUUUUCUCGCCUCGGUCUAUACGGAAACAAUAGUUCAACCUCUGAUCCUAACGCUGAAAAACAGGGUCUUGGCACCCGGGUUCAAGUUGAAUGGGAUGCGGUCAACUGGGGGACGCUCCAAUCUAAGUGUCUUGUGAAGAACAUCGGCAGGUACGACGUGUCGGAAAUCGCCCCCGUCAGACAUGUUCUUUCAUUACAAACCCCCAAGAAGGUGCCACGAGACGAUAGCCGCGACAGAUCCUCUCUCUCGUACGGAACAAGGACGGCUGUUAUUCUACGCGCGUGGCAUGACAUGGAGUGGACGGACAACAUGCGGCAACAUGUUCGGUCUCUCAUCAUGGAGCUUGCCUUACAAUCUGGAGCCGAGUAUGAGGUGUUCCUGCUUACCCAUCUGAAAGACAACGAUAUUCUUUUGUAUGGCCCAGACGGAGAUGAUAAUGCUCAGAGGUUGAAAGAGAAGUAUAUCCCCCGCGAGUUCUGGGAUAUAACGGUCUUCUUCAACGAAGAGACCUUGGAGUUGUCGUAUCCCAGGGUGGAGGAGCACAAGCCUGUUUAUCAGCACCUACAGCCACUCCAGAUAUUCUCGGUCGCGUUUCCGGGAUUCGACUACUACUGGCAAUUCGAGAUGGAUGUCCGUUUGACGGGGCAUGCGUACCACUUCUUUGAACGUGCACGCGAGUUUGCAAAGCAGCAGCCGAGAAAGUAUCUUUGGGAGCGCAAUGCCUACAUCUAUAUCCCUGGCGCUCAUGGAACAUGGGAGGAUUUCCGACGAAUGGUCCACGAUUCUAUGACCGACAAGGAGACAGUAUGGGGGCCAACUUCUUCCCAUCCCUGGCUUGACCCGGUCGGCCCCAAACCGCCAGUGGCUCGCCCCGAGGAUGACGAUUAUAGCUGGGGUGUCGAUGAAGAAGCCGAUCUUAUUAAGUUUUUGCCCAUCUUCGACCCGUCCGAAACGAACUGGAUAUUUUCGAACGUGCUCUGGAAUCUCCCUGAGCAGACUCCUCGGCGAGCCUCGCCGGUCACAAUGGGCAGGUUUUCGAGAAAGUUACUUCACUCCAUACACGAGGCACAAGCUGAAGAGGGAGUAGCUUUAGUGUCGGAGAUGACAGCUUCGUCCUUUGCGCUCUGGCACGGCCUAAAGGCUGUCCAUGUACCCCAACCGCUCUACGCCGAUGGGAAAUGGACGCCCAAGGAACUAUCGAGAAUCGUCAAUAAAGGACCGCCGGAGAAGAUGAAUGGCAAAUCCGACAGUAUUUGGAAUUGGGACCACAAGUUCGAUCACAUUUUAUAUCGUAUGAGCUACAUGUUUACCGCGCAAACGGCAGAGGACUUCUACAGAAGAUGGCUAGGAUACAAGCCAGACCCCAACCAGUAUACAGAUGGUAGCUACCACCAAGAUCCACAAGGGAGGAAUUGGUUUGAUGGCGGGAACCUGAGAGAGGAUCUAUACGGCCCGCUUUGCCUUCCAUCGAUGCUCCUCCAUCCCGUUAAGAAUACUGCUCCACAGAAAGGCCAUGAUAUGGCGGUCCCGGUAUAGCGGGAAACUCAACCGGAUGUAUAAUAUCACAACCAGGCAGAACGAUUGGGUAGCCAAGAGCGCGCUGGAAGCACCUGGGCACAUCUCAGAUUGUAUGAUAUAGAUAGAUUGGAUUUAGCGAUUCUAUAGCAGUUCUUGAUAAGACUAAUUCAUGCAAGAAGAUGUUGAUGGACGGUAUAAUAAUAAAUAUAAGGUAUGAACAGCGAUGAGAGAAUUCUUUACUUUAUAGUCCUUAAGGUGAUGGGUA